AUGGCCUCCAAGAACCCCCCGGCCAAGAAACAGCAGGAGCUGCAAACAACGUAUUCAAACUUCAAAAAUACGUUGCAGCAGAUAGCACAGAAGAUCGGUGACGUCGAGCAGGAGGCAGAGGAACACAAGCUUGUUCUAGAAACCCUUGCUCCCCUGCCAGGGGACCGCACAUGCUUCCGCAUGAUCAACGGCGUUCUUGUGGAACGGACAGUUGCAGACGUCAGGCCAGCCCUGCAGACAAAUGCGGAGGGGCUAAAAAAGGUGCUUGACGAUCUAGUCAAGACCUACAAGUCAAAACAGGACGAGCUUGACAAGUGGAAGAAGAAACACAAUAUCCAGGUUGUCCAGCAGUAA